AUGGCCCAGCCUGCGCGCGUCCGCUCCAGCUGCGGCCUUCGCUGCUGCCUCCUCUUCCUCCUGGCUGCUCAGGGCGCAGGGGCUACCACACUUCAAGAACUUCAGAACACUGACGAAUCCCCAACAUCUUAUCAUUUGCCCCUGCCUACUCCAAGCCUUGUUUAUAGUACUCGUCCUGACCACACUGCUCUUCAUUCAGGACCCAGCCGCCCAGACCUCCCUAAAUCUACAGAAACUCACCAGCCCAAACGCCAUUGCAAUGCCACACAACAUUUCAGGCCAAUUCACAAACCAGUAGAUAACUCCAAAAGCUCUACAACACCUCACAAAGCUCCUCCCACUUCUGAACAAAACCCCAGCAAUCAAGGAAAAGGCCCAAUUAUCCGAAAUGGACGCUCUGCUGAUGCAAAAUAUUCAACGCCAAAACCCAAGAGCAAAACAACAUUUAAGACACUGAUAAAGACUACAGAACAAGCAAAAGAGACCCCAAGAGCCACUGAAAAGAAUAAACAAACACCAGCAACACCUACAUAUCAUGGUCAAAAGACCAUUUCAGCCCAUGUAACGACAAGUGCCCUAGCAAUGCCUACAGACCAUGGACAACACAGCACAUCGGCCCAGGAGAAGAUCACAAGAGCCCCAGCCAUGACUACAAAAGAUGGACAACACAGUACAUCGCCCCAUGAGAAGAUCACAAGAGUCUCAGCAAUGCCUACAGACCAUGGACAACACAGCACUUCAGCUCAUGCACAACACAGCACAUCAGCCCAUAAGAUAAACACAAGAAUCCCAGCAAUGCCUACAGACCAUGGACAGCACAGCACUUCAGCUCAUGAAAAGAUCACAAGAGUCUCAGCAAUGCCUACAGACCAUGGACAACACAGCACAUCAGCCCAUGAGAAGAUCACAAGAGUCUCAGCAAUGCCUACAGACCAUGGACAACACAGCACAUCAGCCCAUGAGAAGAUCACAAGAGUCUCAGCAAUGCCUACAGACCAUGGACAACACAGCACAUCAGCCCAUGAGAAGAUCACAAGAGUCUCAGCAAUGCCUACAGACCAUGGACAACACAGCACAUCAGCCCAUGAGAAGAUCACAAGAGUCUCAGCAAUGCCUACAGACCAUGGACAACACAGCACAUCAGCCCAUGAGAAGAUCACAAGAGUCUCAGCAAUGCCUACAGACCAUGGACAACACAGCACAUCAGCCCAUGAGAAGAUCACAAGAGUCUCAGCAAUGCCUACAGACCAUGGACAACACAGCACAUCAGCCCAUGAGAAGAUCACAAGAGUCUCAGCAAUGCCUACAGACCAUGGACAACACAGCACAUCAGCCCAUGAGAAGAUCACAAGAGUCUCAGCAAUGCCUACAGACCAUGGACAACACAGCACAUCAGCCCAUGAGAAGUUCACAAGAGUCUCAGCAAUGCCUACAGACCAUGGACAACACAGCACAUCAGCCCAUGAGAAGAUCACAAGAGUCUCAGCAAUGCCUACAGACCAUGGACAACACAGCACAUCAGCCCAUGAGAAGAUCACAAGAGUCUCAGCAAUGCCUACAGACCAUGGACAACACAGCACAUCAGCCCAUGAGAAGAUCACAAGAGUCUCAGCAAUGCCUACAGACCAUGGACAACACAGCACAUCAGCCCAUGAGAAGAUCACAAGAGUCUCAGCAAUGCCUACAGACCAUGGACAACACAGCACAUCAGCCCAUGAGAAGAUCACAAGAGUCUCAGCAAUGCCUACAGACCAUGGACAACACAGCACAUCAGCCCAUGAGAAGAUCACAAGAGUCUCAGCAAUGCCUACAGACCAUGGACAACACAGCACUUCAGCUCAUGCACAACACAGCACAUCAGCUCAUGAGAAGAUCACAAGAGUCCCAGCAAUGCCUACAGAUCAUGGACAACAUAGCACAUCAGCCCAUGAGAAGAUCACAAGAGUCUCAGCAAGGCCUACAGGCCAUGGAAAACUGAGCACAUCAGCCCAUAAGAUGAACACAAGAGUCCCAGUAAUGACUACAGACCAUGGACAACACAGCACAUCAACCCAUGAGAUCACAAGAAUCUCAGCAAAGACUACAGACAAUGGAAAACUCAGCACAUCAGCCCAUGAGAAGGUCACAAGAGUCUCAGCAAGGCCUACAGACCAUGGACAGCACAACACUUCAGCUCAUGCACAACACAGCACAUCAGCCCAUGAGAAGAUCACAAGAGUUUCAACAAUGCCUACAGACAAUGGAAAACUGAGCACAUCAGCCCAUAAGAUGAACACAAGAGUCCCAGCAAUGCCUACAAAACAUGAACAACACAGCACAUCUGCCCAUGAGAAGAUCACAAGAGUUUCAGCAAUGCCUACAGACCAUGCACAACACAGCACAUCAGCCCAUGCACAACACAGCACAUCAGCCCAUGAGAAGAUCACAAGAGGCUCAGGUGAGACUACAGAACACCCAUCAAAGACCACAGGAGCCACAGAGCAAACCACAGGAGUCUCAGGAAAGCCUAAUGUACAGACAAAGAAGACAACACCUACCAAAGGGAAGAGCACACCAAUCCCAGCAAAGCCUACAGAAAACCCAGGAAGAACCACGGCUGCCACAGAGACUAUAAGAUCUCCAAUCAAGGUUACAGGAGACAAAUUUAUCACUUCUUCCUCUCCUCGUCCAAAUAAAACCCAUCAGAUGCCCACUGGUUCUUUUACCCUCUCCACAUCCAGCACGGAGCUGAGCUCUAUCAUGUCAGAAGCCCCAGUCAACAAGAGCCACUCACACCAGAACAAAGAUGGCUCUCAGGGAGGUCUCCAUGUUGGAGAGACGGGGGACAGCGAUUCAUUCCCUGCAUGGGCCAUAGUUAUUGUGGUCCUUGUGGCUGUGAUUCUCCUCCUGGUGUUCCUUGGCCUAAUCUUUUUGGUCUCCUAUGUGACACGAGCACGCCGUGCCCUGGUCCACAACAGUGAGGACAAUGACGCAGAGGAUGAUGGAGGCCCCAAUUCUUACCCAGUCUACCUGAUGGAGCAGCAGACGCUCGGUGUGGGCCAGAUCCCUUCCCCACGAUGA